CGUGAAUCAAUAAUAUCGGCGAUAAGUCAUGUUGGUGAUUGGGAAGUGGGCGAUCGAUGUAAAAUUGGUGAUCGAGUUGGUAAUAUUGUUUUCAUUGGACCUACUCGUUUUGCACCGGGCGAAUGGAUCGGCGUCGUUCUGGAUGAACCAGUCGGGAAAAAUGAUGGAAUGGUGGAUGGAAAGCGCUACUUUCAGUGCGAUCCCAAUCAUGGCUUAUUUUGUAAGGCGAGUAAAUUGGAGCGUGUUACCUUGUCACCAGCAUCGAAUGCUGGAUGUUCCGAUAAAGUAUCCACGAAUCCUUUCGCUGCACAAUUCGGAUUUGAUGUUGGUGAUCGUGUAGUGGUAUCAGGCGAAAAGAAAGGAACAUUGAGAUUUCUUGGGAAUACCGAAUUCAAGGAGGGUGUUUGGGCUGGUAUCGAACUCGACCAACCGCUUGGUAAGAAUGACGGCAGUGUACAGGUAGUCUUGGCAUUGUUCUGA